CUUAUCUCCCACUUAAAUAAUAAUAUAAUAAUAAAUAUAACAUCCCUGAUUUCAAACUAGAAAAUAAUUCCUCUUCAACAAGAUGAGUUCUGGCCAGUUCGAUAAUGAAAGGUCCCCAGAUGACAAUUUCAUGAAGCUAGCUGUUGUAGAAUCCAGAAAGAGCGAAGACCCGGUCACAAAAGUGGGCGCUUGUAUUGUUAAGGAAAAUAAAAAAAUUGUUGGUAGAGGUUACAAUACAAUGCCCAAUGGAUGUGAUUUUCCGUGGCAUAAAAAACAGCCAAAUGAAGUGGAUAACAAAAAAUAUUACGUAUGCCAUGCAGAAUUGAACGCAGUGCUAAGUGCUGAAACUAUUGCAGAUCUCAAGGAUUGCACUAUCUACGUAACUCUGUUUCCAUGCAAUGAAUGUGCGAAAAUAAUAAUUCAAGUGGGCAUCAAAGAAGUCGUUUAUUUGUCAGACAAGUAUAAGUACAAAAAUCAUACUAUAGCUUCAAGAAGAAUGUUGGACGCUGCAGGAGUCAAAUAUCGCCAACACUUGUUAUAAAAAAAAAGAAUAUAGAGACAUAUCUAUAUAUAAAAUAAGAUUUCUGAAAUAUUUCACUUCUUUCAAAAAUUACUUACUUCAGCCACUCUUGACACGCUUCAUUAUUGCUAUAGAGCACCAUCUUUAUGUUCAGAGCCUCCGCCUGUGGUUUUGACUGCAGAUUUUCAUGACUAAUGAAUAAUUGCUUAUUAAUCACAAGUGAUUUAUGAAUGUAAUCAUGGAUGGACCGCAGUUGGAAAUAAUAUUGAACGAUUUUAUUCUUACACAACUACGCUUCAACUUUAUAUUGUAGUAUAUACCUAUUAGCUAUUAUCUCCAUAUCUAGUAUCCUUGCACGUUAUAAGAAAUAAACUGUUUUAUGUUU